CCUCCGCCGUUCUCACCCCCAAUUCCCCAAGGUACGGCCACCCACCACCCGAGUACCAGCCUCGCCGUCGUCGGCGCGCGCUAAAACCCUAACCCCUCCGCGCCUCCGCCUCCUCUCCGCCGGGCGACCGCCCCAACCGCCCGCGAGGAGAAUGAAGGCCGGCGUUGAUAUGGGGCGAGACAAGACCCGGCGUCUCUCCGGCAGCCGCCACCUCCGGCAGCGGCUGGUGCUGGCGACGCUCAUCUCCACCGGCGUCACCAUCGAUGACAUCCGCUCCGGGGACGCCGCGCCGGGGCUCCGCCCGUACGAGGUCUCCCUCCUACGCCUCCUGGACAAGAUCUCCGACCGCCACACCAUCGACAUCAACGAGACAGGAACGAAGCUGAAGUACAUGCCGGGGGUCAUUCAAGGCGUGAAGGGCCUUGAGCACGACUGCGGGGUGCACCGGGGGAUCGGCUACUUCCUCGAGCCGCUUAUACUGCUCGGCCUCUUCGCGAAGGCGCCUGUCGUGGGAUUUUUAGGUGGUAGGUGA